AGCUACAAACUGGGCAUGUCUGAAUUGUUUUGAGUACAUUAUGUAGGGUUGAGUUUGGCAUGUCUUGUGACGAGCGGGAUAUAAAUUGUAUUUGUUUUGAGCGCAUGUACAGUAUUGUUAUGUAUCUGUUAGGCUAUCCAGACUGAAUUGAGGCCAUUCUGUAACCUAUCAUAUGUGCGUAUAGAGUAUGAUGAGGAUUGAGGAACAUUAGCCUCGUAGAAAAGAGACCGGUAAACUAAUCGCGACAGGUAAGUAAAUGAAGCAUGGCAUUCCAACAGAUAUGAAAAAAAGUGUUCAAACUCUUCAAAGAAUAUUGAAGCAGGUGAGAUCGGUAGCAGGCUAGUUGAUGGGGCACUGAGGGUUAUCUAGGCUACACGAAAUGGAUGACGGACUGUGUGAACAAUGUAUUACACCCCAAAAAACGUCAUUUUGAGAGAGUAAACCAUACAGAUUAUGUAACUUUGAGUUCCUUUUUCACUUUGUCGAUUUCACUCUAUCCAGUGGCUACCGAGACAUAUUCUACAUAGCAGGCCGCGCGAGGAACUAUCUAUUUUUACGCACGUCUCUACUGUACAUAAAAUGCAAAUGUAUUUCUUUAGAUGUGGUUGCAUCUUCGCACCUCUGUAACCCAAAUAUGUCAAUUAUCCAGGCUCUGUAUUCAUUAUAACUCUUUCCAUUAUCACGCUAAAAACAGCAUAUUAUCCUCAGUAGGCUACUUCUCAUCCCACAAUUUGUACAACCUCAGUGGCAUUAAUGGACACACCCUGAGCACUAACUACAGUUGUGUGGCAAACCUGUCUCCCCUGUCCCGCCGGUAGGCAGUUGUCAAGAUGAUCCCGGUGAAUGAGUUCCGGAACAUUGCCUCAGAACAAAACCCCCGGUACCGGGUCCUGAAGCCAUGGUGGGACGUGUUCUCCGAGUACCUUUGUAUCGCCAUGCUUAUGAUCGGGGUGUUCGGCUGCACUGUUCAGCUGACACAGGAGAAAAUCUCGUGUCUGCCGAACCGUAUCGUCGGCCCGACCAAAGCGGAUGUGAACUGCAACCACGUGCGGGAGUACCACGCCAAUGACAGCCUGUGGGAGUUCAGCAUCACCAAGGAGCUCAAGCCCAACGUGCUCGAGGUGUUUGGCCGCAAGAACGGCCUGGACAUUCACCAGUACGUCUUUGUCAACCACUACUGCUACGAGCGCGCCGUCCACUGGUAUGCCAAGUUCUUCCCCUACCUGGUGGUCAUCCACUCGAUGAUCUUCAUGGUGGCCAGCAGCUUCUGGUUCAAGUUCCCGGGGACGUCCUCUAAGAUCGAGCUCUUCGUGAACAUCCUGGGCAAGUGCUUCGACUCGCCCUGGACCACGCGGGCCAUCAGCGAGGUGUCGGAGGAGCGGGGCGAGGAGAAGUUGGUCAACUGGAGGAAAGGAAGCAGCAUGUACAAGAUCAACCCGGACAGAUUCAUGGGCACCGACGGGGAGAACGUGACCUUGCUGCGGUCCGCGUCGGUGGUGUCCAACCCGGAGAUGAAACUGCCGGAACCUGCUGCCUCCGUCUUGGACAAAAAGGAAGGAGAGCAAGCCAAGGCACUCUUCGAGAAGGUAAAGAAGUUCCGCACCCACGUGGAAGAAGCUGAUCUUCUCUACAAAAUGUACGUCAUUCAGACGUCCCUGAAGGUCUUCAAGUUUCUCCUCAUCACUGCCUACACUGCAUCAUUGGUGCCCAACAUUGAGAUAGUGGUCAAGUGUUCUGUGCCCCCAGAUCUGACCGGCUUUGACAUAUUCUGCUGUAACCACAACAAGGCCAAUCUUUUUUCUAAACUGGCCUAUUGCUACAUCUGUUUCGUUGGAGUGUAUGGAUUGUUGUGCAUAUAUUCCCUGUACUGGCUUUUACAUCGGUCUCUGAAGGAGUAUACUUUCGAACAUGUUCGCCUGGAAACGGGCAUCAACGACAUUCCUGACAUGAAAAACGACUUUGCCUUCCUCCUGCACCUCAGCGACCGGUACGACCCGCUCUACGCCAAGCGGUUCGCCGUCUUCCUCUCCGAGGUGAGCGAGAGCCGCCUGCGGCAGGUGAACCUCAACCACGAUUGGACGGUCAAGAAGCUGCGCACACGCCUCAGCCGGAACGCCAGCCAGCGGCUGGAGCUGCACCUCUUCAUGCUGCCGGGCCUGCCGGACACCGUCUUCGACAUCCCCGAGAUCGAGUCGCUCAAGAUGGAGCAGCUGAGCGGCCACGUCACCAUCCCGGCCGCGCUGACCCAGCUCACCGAGCUCCAGGAGCUGGUGCUGGUCCACUGCCCGACCAAACUGCAGCUGGCCGCCCUGGCCCACCUGCAGCAGACACUGAAGGUGCUGCGGCUGACCUUCGAGGGCGCCGAGCAGGUGCCCCUGUGGCUGUACACGCUCAAGGCUCUGGAGGAGCUGCACCUGAGUGGACCGCUGGGCGCUGAAGCCUCGCGUGGCAGCGGCAGCAGCAGCAGCGUCUCGCUGGACUCGCUGCGCGAGCUCAAGGACCUGCGCGUGCUCACGCUCCGCGGCCGCCUGACCAAGCUGCCGCCCAGCGUGGUGGACGUGGCCAGCCAGCUCCAGCGGCUCUGUGUGCACAACGAGGGCGUCAAGCUGCAGGUGCUUAGCAACCUGAAGAAGCUGAGCGGCCUGACCUCGCUGGAGCUGAUGGGCUGCCAGAUGGAGCGCAUCCCCAGCGCCGUCUUCAGCCUGAGCGCGCUGCAGGAGCUGGACCUGCGCGAGAACAAGCUGACCACCGUGGAGGAGAUCCUGAGCCUGCAGCACUGCCGCCGCCUCACCACGCUGCGCCUCUGGCACAACGCCAUCGCCUACAUCCCCGAGCACGUGGGCAAGCUGCACGCGCUCGAGACCUUCGACGCCAGCUGGAACAAGAUCCGCCGCCUGCCCGCGCGCCUCUACUACUGCACCAAGCUGCGCCACCUGGACCUGUCGCACAACCAGCUCUCGGCGCUGCCCACCGAGAUCGGCAGCCUGCAGAGCCUGCAGUACCUGUCCGUGGCCUUCAACUCCCUGGAGUCUCUGCCCGAGGAGAUGUUCUCCUGCAAGCGGCUCAAGAUCCUGGCGCUGGGCAACAACAGCAUCUCCUACCUGUCGUCUCGUGUGGCCAACCUGGCACAGCUGGUUCGCCUGGAACUCAAGGGCAACCGCCUGGAGUCUCUACCCCUGGAGAUCGGGGACUGCCCGCUCCUCAAACUCAGUGGAAUUGUGGUCGAGCAGAGCCUUCUAGAACUUUUGCCAUCAGAGGUCCGUGACCGAAUGGAUGAUGGUUAGAAACAGAACAUGUGCCUUUAAUGCCUCCGAACAAGCUGAAACAUACUUCUGUGUCUUAAUGAUGGUCAGAGCAGCGGGUAUUGGGAACUGAAGAACUCAGUGUUUACAUUAAGUAAAAUACCUGUAUGAAUUGCUGAAGCCCUUCACAUUUUAGGGAGUGUUCUGCUCAGUAAAGAAGCACAUGCACAUUUAUUCCUGUGAACUGUAUGAGAUCAAAUCAGGUUGGUCUGGGCUUAUUUAUAUAUUUUGAUGAAACCCUAGAGAAUCUAAUAUUUUUUUAUGUUGUUUAAUACUUUUUUAUUGGCAUUAAAAACAAUGCUAGUAAGAAUGAUGAUGGAUGCAACAUUUUAUUUGUAUAACCUGACCUGUAUAUGUAGUUUUUCCCAGCUGUGCAAUUUCACUUUGUUUGCUUAUUUUUCUUAAAAUGCCUUUUACUCAAGGCAAUGAAAACCAGGUUAGUAACUCA